UCAGUGUCCCUUCUAUUGCCUUGCCUCGUUUGGGAGAAGUCUUCCGGGUUUGACGAGCAGCGUGCAGCGCCCAGUGGUUUCAUGAUCGAGGACCGCCGGCUUUUCUGGACGAAUUCGGCUCUUGUCCAAGCAAAUAUAAGGUAAGCUUGGAUGCAGACCGGUGGUGUGGUAAUUUCGAACACUGCAUGCGGUGCCCAGUCCCGACGCGGCUGGAGGUCAAAGCCUAGCCCGGUCACGCACGAACGAUAUUCCCAAGGCAAGGACAACUUCACUCUCUCCACACUCUACUUGACGCCACACAAUGUACCAUCGAGAAUGUAUCGUUUUGUUGAAGCAGGUACGGUCGUCCCAAGCUUUAUGCGUCUGGCUCUAACAGUGGUUGAGCCCCUUCUAGGAGGCACCUCCUCUUGCUUGGAUCACGCGCAUAUUGAAACUUGCCACUGCCGCCACCAGCGUCGAGACGUCCAGCCAGCCCUCGAUGCUGUAGUAAUCCUCACGGUCAGGUGGCCUGUGGGGAGAUCUCAGCCGCCACUGUGUAGCAUGUCGAGGUUCCAGUCGGGGGAGCUCGUAAGGUCACUUCCUACCAUCUCACAGCACCACCACCACCACCACCACCACAUCAGGCUGUCCUACGUGGCCACACCAUAAAAUCGCUCCGAGUGGCAGCCAAGUCUUUCGCAGUUCAUAUAAAUAUCGCGUCCUUGCCCGAGGGGUCCUCUUCAGCACUUCUCUCUUCAACUCUUCAACUCCUCAACUCAGCUCUUCUUUCCAACUUCCAACUCUUCUCUCUUCAUACUCCUUCUCACUCUCCACCUUUACAUUCGUCCAUUACCAACUCACACAUCCACACUCAUCAUGAAG